UUUUGAAGGCGGCUGUGGACGGGUUUGAGGGGGCUGCGCUGCUGUGCGUAGUGGCUCGUGCUGAGCUUGUAUUUCUUCUUUGGGGCUGUUAUUGCUGCGCCCCCAGCCCUCCAAAAAAACGUGAAACGAAGCUCAUAGCGCGGGGCUGGUGGGAAAAGCAGGGCUAAGUCAGUGAGGAAACGGGUUGCGGUUGCGGCCUCCUGGUGGGGCUGGAGUGUGUCCCUGUGGGGUGGGUGCUGGAGGGGUUGGCACAGAGUUUAUCGAUGCUGCCCUUGUUCUUGUCCCUGCUACAGACCCACCUCUUUUGAAAGACACGCUGACAGAAUUCCGGCUUUUAAAUGCCGUUUUAUGUCAUAUUGUUACGUUUUUUUCUUCUAUCUCAGUGCUUUUAAUUCUGUGUGCAGCCUUCAAACGGUACCACACCGAUAUAAAGGCUAUGGCACUGUGGUCUUACAGCACUGACAGCACGUAAAGGACCUUCAACAAAGACAUCCUGGCUCUUCAGGUUUUGGCACCUAGCCUGAUUCACCUCUUCCUAUUGCAGUGUCAGAAUGAUUCACCAAGUUUUGUUCUGAAAUGGAUUCAGGAUUUUAACGCCUGCACCCCAGGGGCCUCCACAGAAGGCACUUUCAUUGCUUCGAAGGGCCUCAGGUUCAGCUGCUCCACUGCAGCUUCACCAGGAGAGGAGAGGAUUGCUUUCAGAUGACUUGUGCCUGCUGUGUCAUGUCUGCAGCUGGAGCCGAGCGGAGCCGCUGGGAGGCCGCGUGUGACAGGCUCUGCGGCUGCAGGAAAAUAAGGCAGAUGUAGACCCAGUGGAGCUGUUGGAAAGCUAGUUGGCUUAAUGAUUAACACAUUGCAGUGCUGUGGGAGUGUUAGGACAAAGAGAGACCUCUGAACUUGUGUGUUCCCUCAGAAGAAGAGGCAGAAGCUGGCCUUGCACUGAAACACAUCCGUUCAGUAGAGAGAGAAUUAACUGGCAGGUUGGUUGCUUGAGGACUCAUCAGCGUUGGCACGUGCAAGCCCACCCCAAGCAGAGCAGAGCAGCUCAGCCUGGCCACCCUAGGCAGCAUGUCCCUCCGUGAGCACGCGCUGUCCCUCUUCCGCAGCGCAGUGGGCACCGUCCGGCCAGCCCCAAUGCUGAAGAGGGCACUGAAACUCCAGGGAGAGGGGUGCCCUCAGCUGCUGGUGAGCAGCCGUGCCUUCCCGUUGAAGAGGGACCUGUACUUGGUGGGGUUUGGCAAAGCUGUGUUGGGGAUGGCGGCAGCGGCAGAAGAGAUCCUGGGAGACCACCUCGUGCGGGGGAUCAUCAACGUGCCACUGGGCAUCCAGGAGAGCCUGCAGCGAGCGGGAAUGCAGGAGAUGCUGCUGAAGCCACACAGUAGAAUCCAGGUCAUUGAAGGUGCCAAGAACAACCUCCCUGACCCGGAGGCUCUUAGGGGAGCAAGUGCCAUUCGGGAGCUGGCUGAGGGCCUGACAGCGGAUGACCUGCUCCUUGUGCUCAUCUCAGGGGGUGGAUCAGCCCUGCUGCCUGCUCCCAUCCCUCCCAUUCUCCUGGAGGAGAAGGAGAAGCUCACCAAGAUGCUGGCUUCCCGAGGAGCUGCCAUACAGGAGCUGAAUGCUGUCCGGAAAAUUCUGUCUCUGCUGAAAGGUGGAGGGCUGGCCCGCCUCGCAUAUCCUGCACAGGUGGUGAGCCUCAUCCUGUCCGACGUGAUUGGUGACCCCCUGGAUAUCAUAGCGAGCGGGCCCACUGCCGCCAGCUCCCACAGCGUCCAAGACUGCCUUCGGAUCCUGGCCAAAUACAACCUGCUGCACAGCCUGCCCAGCUCCGUGGAAGCAGUUCUCUCCAGCUCUCCCACCAAGCCCGCUGCUGCAGAAGACUACUCCCACGUUUGCAACGUCAUCAUUGGGUCAAACACGUUGGCUUUGGCUGAGGCCAAGCGCCACGCAGACAGCCUGGGCUAUGCGACCCUGGUUCUCAGUGCGGCGGUCUGUGGGGAUGUUGGCCGUGUUGCUGUGCUGUACUGCCAGCUGAUCUGCCUGCUCUGCCUGCACUUGGCCAGCCCUGGGGAAGGGCCUCGGGGCUCUGAGGUGAAGGAGAACCUCCUGCAGCUGGCGGCAGAGUUAGACAUCCCAGGUUUGAACAUGGCUGAGUUUCUGCAGGCCCUGCAAGGAAUGGAGCCCCGGAAACCGGUCUGCAUCCUGGCUGGAGGAGAAACUACGGUUCAGCUUCAAGGAACUGGGAAGGGAGGGAGAAACCAAGAGCUGGCUCUGCGAGUGGGGCUGGGGCUGCACAGGGCACAGGGUGUUGAGGCCAGCAGCUUGGGCAGGUGUGAUGUCGUCUUCCUGAGUGGGGGAACAGACGGGCAAGACGGGCCCACAGAUGCAGCUGGGGCUUUCUGCAGCCCAGAGCUGGUGGCUGAGGCGCUGCAGGAAGGCCUCGAUGCAGAGACCUUUCUCAGCAACAAUGACUCCUAUGCCUUCUUCAGCCACUUCCAGCGUGGACGUCAUCUCCUGGUGACUGGCUUGACGGGCACCAACGUCAUGGACAUCCAGGUUAUUUUAAUUAGAGCCACGGACAGAUCAUGAGAGCUCCCUCUGCAGAUAUUCGGAUGCAUUUAAUUAGGAGCAGGGGUAAAUAAGGCCAUAAACAUUGCAGAUGAAACUACUUAAAUUAGGGCUUGCUGUCAAGGGUGCUAAUAUCUCUGACAGAAAGAGUCCACUAAUUAGGAAAAACCAAAUCCACAGUAAAAGCACUGGGAACAGUCAA